AUGCGCGCUGGCGAGAGGGAACCAGCCCCAGUCCUGCAGGCAGGCCUCCCUCAAGGAGCCCCCAGGUGCAAGGUCAGCACCCCCAUCUUGCAGAGGGAUCUACAGCCCCCAGCACUACCCGCCAAGUCAGCAGAGAUGGUGCCGGUGACGCCCACGGAGGGGCCCUCGACGGGCAGCUCUCCUCCAGUCUCUCGGGAGCCCACUCCUGGGAGCGGCUGGCGGGACACAGGGGGCGGCCAGGUGGCUCGGCGGCUCCUCCAGCCCGCCCCGCGCACGAGGCGCCGCCCAGACACCUGCACCGGGAAGCGCGCUGGGGCCUCGCCCACGCCGCCCGGGGCCGGAGCCCUAAAUGCGCCUCGAUGGAGGCUGCCGCGAACACCGCCGCCGAGCAUGGGGAACAGGGGGCCCGCCUCGAACCCGGCCGCGGGGACUCGAACCCGCGGGGCGACGCGAGGCUCGCGGCUCCCUGGGGGAGAGCCCCAGCGGCUUCUAGGACCCAGGGGAGCGGCCGAGCACCGCGCCGCUCUGGCCAAUGGGCUCGGAGAUGCCGCGGCCGCGGCGGUGGAGCUCGGGCCCGCCCCGCCCGCCAACCCCGCCGCCGCCGCCGCCGCCCGGCCACCGCAGGCGCUGCGGAGGCGCGGGACUCGCGGCGCCGCCAGGCGCCUCUUCUUCCUCAACAACAUCUCCCUGGACGGGCGGGCUCCAGCUGCGGCCGGGAGAGAGAGCCCCGCGCGCGCCGCCGAGGCCGCGAGCCGCCCGCGCGCGCCGCAGCCGCCCGCCAGGGCCCCCGCGCCCCCGGGCCUGCUCAGCCCCACGCAGGCGCCGGCCGGCCUCGGCCUGGACGGGCAGCGCCAGAGGAGGCGAGUCACCUCCCAGCGCUGCUCCCUCGAGUUUCUGGAAGAUGCGGUGGGAUGCGCCUCAGUACAGAGAACCAAACACACCUCCGGGUCCCCAAGACACAAAGGCCUGAAGAAGACGCACUUCAUCAAGAACAUGCGGCAGUACGACACCAGGAACAGCAGGAUCGUGCUCAUCUGUGCCAAGCGAUCGCUGUGUGCGGCCUUCUCGGUCCUGCCCUACGGAGAGGGCCUGCGGAUCAGCGACCUGAGGCUGGACGUCCAGAAGCAGCGGCACCCGUCUGGCGGCACUUCCGUUUCCCCCGAGAUGGUCUUUGAGUUGGAAGGCGUUGAGCUGGGAGCGGAUGGCAAGGUCGUGUCUUACGCAAAGUUCCUGUACCCGACCAACGCCCUGGUUGCACACAAGAGUGACGGCCACGGACCACCGCCCCCCCCUCGGCCCAGCGUCUCCCGGGCUCUGCCGGGCUCCAGACACAAACCUGUCCCCGCCAAGUCGGCGCCAGCAGGCACAGAGCUAGGGAGCGAUGUGGGGGACGCCCCGGAGUACAACCCCGACCUCCUGGACGACCCGCAGUGGCCCUGCGGCAAGCACAAGCGGGUCCUUAUCUUCGCGUCGUACAUGACCACGGUGAUAGAAUACGUGAAGCCCUCAGACCUCAAGAAGGACAUGAACGAGACCUUCAGAGAGAAGUUCCCGCACAUCAAACUGACGCUGAGCAAGAUCAGGAGUUUAAAGCGGGAGAUGCGGAACCUCUCCGAGGAGUGCAGCCUGGAGCCCGUGACCGUGUCAAUGGCCUACGUGUACUUCGAGAAGCUGGUCCUGCAGGGCAAGCUGCACAAGCAGAACCGCAAGCUGUGCGCCGGGGCCUGCGUGCUGCUGGCCGCCAAGAUCAGCAGCGACCUCCGCAGGAAUGAAGUGAAGCAGCUCAUCGACAAGUUAGAAGAAAGAUUUCGAUUCAACAGGCGAGACCUGAUUGCUGUGAGCUAG